UGAAUACAGACAGACAAGAUGUCGCGUGAAGACUCUAUGCGGAUACUUAAAAAAUUCUUCGUUGACAUAUUUUUAAUAUCUGGAUUGGUGCUGUGUAUAUACGCUACAAAUAGCCUGUGGGUGCCCUUCGAGCGGGGAUACUUCUGCGGAGACGAGAGUCUCAUGUUCCCUUACAGAAAUGAUACAGUGACCACGCCUAUGCUCAGGAUAUUUGGGCUUGGUCUGCCCAUACUUGCAUUCUUCCUCUGCGAAUGGGUGCUCCUCCGCAAGGAAGUGGACGAUCAACGCAUCCUGAGUAUAUGUAUUCCAGCAUGGCUACGUGGCUUCUAUUGCCCCCUCGCUUCGUUCGCCUUCGGCACCUGCUUCAUAGAACUCACGACUAACGUCGCCAAAAACGUUAUUGGAAGACCAAGGCCGCAUUUCUUUGAUCUAUGUAAACCAUCAGUCGACUGCAGCCUGCCCGAGUGGCAGAAGCGCUACGUCCAAGCCCACGAGUACCAGUGCAUGGGCGACCAGACGGACAAGUUCAUUGACAUGCACAUGUCCUUCCUUAGCGGCCACUCUGCUUGGUCAGCCUUCACUAUGUUUUAUUUGGCUCUCUACCUAGAAAAGAGGAUGGUCUGGCGAGGUACCCGUGUACUCCGCCAUUCUCUGCAGUUCGCGGCCGUGAUGCUGAGCUGGUUCACGGCACUCUCCCGCGUGUCCGACUACAAGCACCACUGGAGCGAUGUACUGGCGGGCUACUUCCUUGGGAUGACGUUCGCUGUUCUCAUUUGGACUUGGGGCACAGAUAUUUUGGAGCCAAAACGGAAACACAAGGCGCUACCGCAGCACGAACUAAAUUCUAUACACCACCAGCAAAUGGCGGCGCCAGCGUAGUUUUUAGUUAGUUUUACCUUUUGCCGACUAUUUAGUUAUUAAUUAUACAUAUAACUACAUUAGUUAUAUAAAUUUUUUGUAAGAGAUUUAACGUACGUACGUUACUUAUUAAACUAAAAAGCUGCCAAUUUAUCCGCGGACUAAAUGCGAACAAACAAAUGACCGUUCGCUAAGUGAAGGGAUAAAAAACAUUUUAGUCUUCCGCAAAAAUUUGCAUAAAUUUUAAUUUAUUUCUGCUUGUAGAAAUUUAAAACAAAAUACAUAUGUUGUUUUCCUCUAAAUUACUAAAACGACCUAAUCUAAACUCAUCUGAAAUGUUCAUGACCUGUCAUUUGUUUGAUUACAUUUGAUCGGCAGAUAUAUUGGCCGCACUUUAGAGAGUGGUCAUUGUUCUAGUAACCAAUUACCUCGUUGGUCUAAUGGUCAGCACGUUCAUCUAUGGAACACAGGGUCUUGGAUUUGAUUCCCGGGUCGGGCGAAGAUUUGAUAGGUAUUGAUUUUUUUUUGGUGAAUAAUUCUGUUCACUAUUCACAUAGUUAUGAAAAUAGUUAUGUCCACUGUGCAGUCCCGCUCCUCGAAGAGCACGUUAAGCUGUUUGGCCAGGCCUAUUAUCACUUACAAGUGAAAAUAAUUGUUAACGCCCACCACCUCGCGUUGGAGCAGCGUGGUGGGUCUAUUUCUAUCAGAGAAGUGGCCUAUGCCUAGCUCUGUGACGUUAAAAGGCUUAUGAUCAUGUUGUAGUCGUUAAGUUACUUUUUUUCUGGAUUACUAUAUGGAUGGAUCUCAAGGAAAAAUAUCCAAAAUCAAUAAAUAACCUCAAUAUAGCAAUGCACUGUGAUUCGUUUCAAGUAAA